GUCCACUAUUUAUGUACCAUAUCCAGUUCUUUUUUUAACAAUUGAUAUACUAGCAGCGCGCGUCGUGGUGCCGGCUGCGGCUUGCCGUCGCCCAGUUAGCCAAGAGCCGUAGAAGCUUUGCCACGAGCGAAAUGGAGCCUGCUGUUAAAGGGAAAUGUGGAAAUAUCGCGGACGUGCUUCGGCAGCUUGAUACCUCAGCUGCCGAUUGCCUCAGCGAGUAUUUGCUAGAAUACGGCUGCCUCAAGGAAGCGCGCCUAGCAUUCCGUGUGUUACGAGAUGUCAUCGACAGCAGCGUCAAGGCGACAACGCUUCUCGUUGCCUCUGAUAGCGUCGAGCUCUGGCAAACUGGGCGCGCGCCAUCCCUGGCACGGUGGCCCCGCUGUUAUGAUGUAAGGGUAACAGUAGCGCCAAGCGGCGACGAAGACGUUUCAACGAUGCUGCACCUGCCUUUCUCCUCGGAAGCCCCAAAAAUCCGGCAGCGCAUUACCCAUCUGACCUGCUCGCUCUCGGAGAACGGAGACGGCUAUUGUGCCGCGGCCGCUGCCGCUUCCUUGACGCUUUGGCUCCCAGCGCUAAGAGUACUGAAUUUGGUCGGGCUUUCGCCCGCUUUGUCGGAUACUCCUCUUCAGCAGCUGCACAUGUUUCGCGCGCUCGGCACUCUGAGGAACCUCGAGGAGCUGUACGUGCCCUGCUGCAAGGGGCUGCAGCAUGUGGGACUACUGGCGGACAGCUUGACACGACUGGUCGUUGACAAGUACUUGUACAGCUCCGGUGGGGUUCUGGACGCAGCUGCAGUGUCGGGUAUCUCGCAGCUUCACAAACUGAAACACCUCAGCCUCGCAAAAUGCCGCCCAUACUUAGUUAGCGGCAUCAGCACGCCCGCCGACAACGAAGGUGUGGACGACGCGGAGUGCCAACUCAACGGCACCUACCAUCUCAUCAGCUCCCUGCCGCCCUCAUGCACUGAGCUUCAACUAUGGUGGGCGGACUUUGAUGAAGGCUGGCUGACUUGCGACGUAGACCUGCUGUUUGACGCCGACCGCACAUGCACCACCCUGACUCUGGCGGCCGGUGAGGAAGGCUUCUUCGACGCCGCGGAUGUCAUCCCAGACGUGCUACGGCUGCUGGCCUUUCAAUGCCUCAAGGUGCAGCUUCGGGAGCUCUUCAUCUCAAGAAUGAUAGUGCCGCCCGGGGCAACGUCGCCCUCGGGUCCGGAGCUGCAGCCCCUACGGACGCUGAUCGCUGCUUCCAGGCAGGCGUCUGUCCGAUGGCUGCGAGCCGGGAACGCAGGGGAGCUGCUGGCGGCGAUAGACGUGGUGGGCAAGCCGCGAUUCGUGCAGCUGUUUAGGCAGCAGCUCGAGGUGGAGCACGGAAAGCCGUAUGCGUUGGAAUUGGAGCUGCGCAAGUGGGACCAGCCCGUCACAGAACUUGCGGAGGCUGAUGCAACGGCGGCGGAGAGGCGUGUGGCGGAGGCAGGAGUGACGAAGGCGGUCAGGGAGGGUGCAGCGGAGGUGAGCGGGGCAGGGGCCGUGGACACCACGGUGGCAGUGGAGGCAAUGGCGGCGGAAGCAGUGGAGGCAAAGGUGAAGGAGAUGGAUGCGGAGUGGGACGCGGAGACGGAGGCGUGGUUUGCUGCAUUGUCCGCUGUCCUUAACGACCCAGGCGCAGCAAGGGCGAAGGUUGAGGAGGACUUGGAGGCGCUAGUUGCAGAGGAGAAAGCGGCGGUGGAGGCAGCCGCCUCAGCUUCCUGCGCACCGCUGGCAGCCGUGCCGCCCGCAGCUGAGGUGGCGGCAUCCGCCCUGCGGCGGCUGCGUCAAGGACCACUUACCUCGCGCUUCCUGCUGCUCACGGGCGCUCCGGGCACAGAUAGCUUUGUCCGCUUGCUUUCGAAAGUGGUAGACAUGGCCGUCACUCACAUCCGCCGCAAGGUGGGCAACGAGUGGGGAGCGGAGGGCAACAGACGCCUUGUGGCGUCUCAGCGGCUGCCCGGAGGCGCUGUGUUGCUGCAAUGCGGCGAGGCGCGGGAUGCUUCAGGCAUGCUGGAGGUUGUGGUGGCGGCGUUGGCAAAGGCGUACGGUGUGGCCAAGCAAGCCAAGCAAGCCAAGCAUGCCAAGCAAGCCAGUGGCGGGGGGAGCAGCGCCGGAGGGCAGCAACCGCCGCUGCAGGUGGUGCGGGUGAAUUGUGCGCCAGUGAGCUAUCGAGACCCGCCCAAGCGCGCAGCAAAUCUCUUCAUUGACGCGUUGGAGCUGGAGCUGCAGGCGUUGUGGGAUAACGAGUCCGCCCGGCGACGUGUGGGCGAGCGAGAGUGGCUGCGACAGCUGGUCGGGCUGUGGGAGCAGCUGGGGGAGCUGCCGGAGGAGGAGAGGCUGUAUACGGGCGAUGAUUCUGAUUCUGACGAUGAAGAAAUUCAGGAAGAGGAUGAAUAGUGAAGGAGCUGGUUUGCAGUGGUCUGGAUGGGGAUGGGGCAGUGGGGGAACAUGGACGGGCUGCGCGGGUUGCGCUGUAAGAUGAAACGGAGGAAAGGGAGACAGAAGGAGCAUGCGGGGGCAUGCGGGGGCAAGAGGUGGUUCCUGCCUGCGGUUGCUUCGCCGCUGCUUUAAAGAUAAACGCGUGCGCUGCAAUCCUGAAAAGGAGGUGCGUGCAACGGACAGAUGCGUGCCGUAGCACAUGGGGUUGCAACGUGUUCGGUGGCAAGCGUCGUACCGGUAGAUGGUUUUCUUGUUGGCAUGUUUAUAUGGCGUCGUUGUUGGUUGGUGUCCGUGUCCGCUCAUGAAGCUUUGGGAGACAUUCUGGUAGCAUAUGCGCAAGCAUGGCAUUGGUGCAUGUGCGUACGGCUGAGCUGUCCUGUAUUGUGUCCCGUAUGCACAAGCAAGCAAGCAAACAUAGUUUUGCGAAAGGUGCUGUGCAAGGGGGGGGGCGGUGGGACAAUGUUGUUUACAAUUUGCCCCGGCUAUUACUUUCAGGAUGCCCAGACUACUCCGUACUCCAAGCUACACCCGCGGCUAUGCAGUCGCCACACACAGCUGGGUAAUGGGCGGUUUUGAACACAGCAGUGUAUGUGCGCGAGCCAAUGCAAAUUACUAGCUG